CACGUUUUUCCUUGACUUUGGCUUGUUUAUUGUUCACAUGUUGUGUAGAGUUAAAAAGAAAGCAGAUACCUGUUUGUCUUUUGCUGUCUUUUUGCCUGCUUUGUAGCGUUUUAUUUCCCCCCAAGACAAGGUGCAAUGAUGCCAAAGAGUGAUGAAAUGCUGAAGGAAGCCAAUUGCUGGCCGAGGUGGGGGAUAGCUGCUAGGAAUCCGCCUGCAAGUGUGGAGCACUCAGUAAUUGCUGGAGACAGGGAGCUGGGGGGCUGGGCUGAGGUUCCCAUGUAUAAAUAGUGUGAUCUCAAAUUGAAAGGCAUAAAUAACAGCAGGAGUGAUCUAACCCUAUGCAGUUCAUCCUCGGCGUGAAAAAAAAAACAACAAAAAGCUUCCAAGGGACGUUUCGCUCUCCCAGUGCAGCAAGGCGCAGGGAUCAGUGUGGAUAGGAAGUGUGACGGUCCUGCUGGGCAGCUAUGGAAGAACUUACCGCUUUUGUAUCCAAAUCGUUUGACCAAAAAAGCAAAGAAAGUAACGGCGGAGGCGGCGGCGGCGGCGGCAGCAGCAAGAAGGAGACAAUUACCUACAGGGAAGUUUUGGAAACUGGUUUGGCUCGGGUGAGGGAGCUGGGAAACUCUGAGACUAACCUCCAGGACAUCACCGACACCAGCAACCACUGCCCGCUGCACCUCUAUAAAGAGCACGGCGCCGACAGCGACAAGGACAAACUCAAAGACUACGGUUCGGCCAGAGUCUCGGAAGGGAUCUAUGAGUGCAAAGAGAAGAGGGAUGAUGUGAAGUCAGAGGAUGAAGAUGGGCAGACUAAGCUGAAGCAGAGGAGAAGCAGAACUAAUUUUACACUAGAGCAGUUAAAUGAGCUUGAAAGGCUGUUUGAUGAGACCCACUAUCCUGAUGCCUUCAUGAGAGAAGAGCUGAGCCAGAGACUGGGACUGUCUGAAGCCAGGGUCCAGGUUUGGUUCCAAAAUAGGAGAGCAAAAUGCAGAAAGCAAGAAAACCAAAUGCACAAAGGUGGGUAUGGUGUGAUUUUGGGAACGGGAAGUCACUUAGAAACCUGCAGAGUUGCUCCAUAUGUGAACAUGGGAGCCCUGAGGAUGCCUUUCCAGCAGGUACAAGCCCAGUUACAGUUGGAAGGAGUAGCCCAUGCACAUCAUCACCUCCACCCACAUCUGGCUGCCCAUGCUCCGUACCUGAUGUUCCCCCCUCCACCCUUUGGACUUCCAAUUGCAUCUUUGGCAGACACAGCAUCUGCUGCGGCUGUGGUAGCAGCAGCUGCCAAAAGUAACAGCAAAAACUCUAGUAUUGCUGACUUACGACUCAAAGCCAGGAAACAUGCUGAGGCUUUGGGUCUUUGACACUUAUAGCCAUUGAAAAACCAAUGUACUGAAUUCCCUUUUAGACCUCUAAGAGACUCUCCAAGCACCAAAUCUGUUGGUAUAAUGCUUUGCAAAUGUAUGCAAAUGAUACACAGACAUUAAUAAGGCUAUACCUGUUUCUUUAGAAGACCAAGAAUCAUGGAGGAUUCACUACGCAGGGCAUCAUUUGAACUGGUUCAGAGAAGCUGAAAGCUUGAAGUUAAACCUAUCAAGAAUUAUUUUUGUUGCAAGUUUUUGGCCAUGGUAUUUCUGAAUCGGAAAUUUCAGUUGAAAGUGAUUCAGAUACUUUACCCCAGCUGCGGACAGACAUGUGGAAAUUUUUUAAUACCCUGAAAAGUUUUUUCUAACUUCAGCAAUGCAUCAUCAGCUGCUUUCAGUUUUAAAAUCCUGUGCAUGUGUCUAAGCAAACAAAUUUGGAAAAAUCAUAUAAAUAUAUAUAUGCGUAUAUGGUAAAUAAUAGAUUUCUGGGGCUGGUUCCCCUCUAAACUGGCAUUUCUUUGUUGCCAAUAGUAUUAUUUCUCUGCCACGAGAAUCUUCCAUCACAAGAGCAGGAGGAGUUACAGACACAUCCUGUGUUAUAUGUAUUAAACAUUUUGCAAAAGCAGGCAGCAAUAAUUUUAUUUUGGCCUCCAACUGUUUUUUUAUUUGAAGAAAAAUUAUGCUACAAUACGUUUAGUGGUGGUUUGAAAACAGAACAUAUCCAUGAUUUUCCAUAGUAAAUGUAAACUUUUUGUAUCAGAAAAUACCACAUUCUGUAAAAUUACCUGUAUGUGUUACCACCCCCAGAUCAUAUGUGCUAAAUUGGCCCCAACCCUGCAACAUACCGAGAUGAAGAUGUGACUCUGGUGUUAGGAAAUAAUAUUGAUAUAGCAUUUGUGUUGGUAAAUGCAAUGAAGCGCAGUAAAGUGCAAUACUGUAAAUAUUAUAGAUUUAAAGGUUGAAAAUGGAAAAUGACGCUGUUGAUAAAUACAUUUGCAUUCACCAAGAUUUAGCACUUUGUGCUUCAUGUGUGUGAUGCAGUACAUUGCCAAAUGAGUGUAUUGCCUAGGAACGGAUAAAAUAGUCUAAUGUCUUCUAUAAUGGAUGAAAAAAAAUGAUGCCAUGAUUUUAGUGCAGUGAAUAUGUGCCAUAAAAUUCAGAAUUAAGCUAAAGUAUCCGUCAUGAUGACCUUUUUAAUUUGACCAGACAAAACAAUACACAAACUGAAAUACAACUUUGAGGUGUGCCCUUUUAUUUAAUCAUUGCUAUACGACUGCAGUGCAGAACAGAACUGUACGUUUUUAUGGGAAAAAGUAGAAACCGACCCUGUUAAAACAGAUACCAAAGUGGGUUUUUUAUAUUUUUUGUCCCAUUAUUCAUGUUAUGAUUUCGUUAUUGGUAAAACCAACAUCUUGGUCCUGUAUACCUCUAUAGACACAAAUACAGUAUUUCAUCAUCAUGAGUUUGGCAUUUGCAUUUAGUACAUAAAAGACAAGGCAAAUCUUUCUGUUCCUCUGUAAAGCUGUAUGUGGAAAUUUUAUUUAUUAUUUUGUUUGAAAUUUUAUAAAUGUGUAAUAUUUUAAUUAUGUUGAGUGUAAAUUUUACGAUGCUUUGCAUUUAUUUUUAUAUUUUGGAAGCCCAUUGCUUUUGCAAAAAAAAAAAUAACAAAAAAGGAAAGUUAUAGGCUCAGCCUUGGUUGCAAAAUUAAUUUUUUUUUUUGGUUUCACACAAAUGCAGAAAUGGCCCAGCUGAAUAAAAAGGUACAUUAAGAAUUUCCAUAUUCAAGUUGUCAUAACCUAGGCUACAUCUGUUUGCAUAGCGUUUAUGAAUAAACAGGCGUUUCAGGGAUUAAGGAUUUGAACAGCCUGUCAAAAUCUAAAUGCUAUUAACAUUUCUACCCAAUUGUCAUUUAUUUUUUUAUUUUCCUUGCCAUAAUGCCAUGCCAGCAUGCUUUUACACAGGUUCACGGAACAUUACCUUCAGUUUGAGAGUGUAUUUUGUUAAAUCGCAUUGUAUGAAUGUACAUCCCGUACAGCAAGUGGAAUAUGAAUAAACCUAUAAAUAUUUGCAAA